AUGUAUAUAACAAAUGGUGAUCAAUAUAACAUAGAAAUAAAACAAUUAGCUAAUGAAAAAUAUGUUGAAUCAUGUUUAUAUAUGAUAAAGACGGUAAAAAAAGAGAAGUUUGCGCUGAAAGAUAAGUAUCUUGAGAAACGAAACGACGUUGCUCGUAAUGCAUUAAAAGCAGAAACUGUUCAAGAAGGUGCUAAUAUAUUGAAAAAUGAUUUUCCAUGGGAGUAUAUAGUGCAUGGCGAUAAAAUGAGAGGUAAUGUUGAAUAUGAACUUCGUGAAGCGAAAAAGCAGAAAUUAAUUGAUUAUAAACCAAUGUAUGAUCCAAUAACUUUUAAAAUUCCAGACGAACAUAGAGAACAAAUUCAAGAAUGGUUAGAUAAUGACUUUCGAAAACGUAUUAAGGGUGAGAUAACUAGAUCGAGAUGUUUAUUUUUGAAUGGACCAACACAACACGGCAAAACAUCAUGGGCAAGAAGUUUAGGAAAGCAUUGCAGUUUUGUCCUCAACUUCUCUUUAAAGGAGUGGCGUGAUGAUGUAGAUUAUAUCAUCCUUGAUGAUAUUCUCUGGAAAGAUAUUUUUCCAAUAGCAAAAGGUCUGCUUAUUGCACCUGGAGAAAUAAUUAUUACGGAAAAAAUGUUAAAUCAUAUUGAUGUUUGUCGUCCAGUACAAUCUACAUUAUUGACACGUUUUAUAACGAUAAAUAAAUUGGAAUUAUUCCGAACAAAAAAAGAAGAUUAUGGAGCUUUUUAUUAUCCGAAGAAUUCUCAAGACUACGUACCGGAUAAUUUAAAAGCUAAUAAUCAUUGUCGUUAUAAUCGUUUUCAAGAUUGA